UGCGUCUCUGAUGUGUGUGUGUGUCAAGCAGCACAGGAACAUCUUGCUUGCUGAGGCCUCUUUGCUAUAAUUUAUUCACAGUUUUAUCGCAAUUUGAAGUUUUAUGUUUAGUUCCUAAUAGCGGAUACUCUUUGAACACUGUGACGAAUUAAUAUACAUCCAGUACCACAUUUGUUUAAGUGGAAUAUAGCACAGAAUUCGUUUAAUAAGUAAAACGAUGGCUGCACUAGCGCAAGGCGAAGACAGUGACGAUAACAUGGAUGAAUUUAUGGAGAAGUUUAAAACACAGAAAUACAAAAAUGCGUUUAGUGAAAGCAACUGGGAGGAGGAGUUUGAUAAGGUGCCCAUGUUUAUGAAGACAGCCCCAGAAAACAUUGACCCAGAGAAACACCCUGAUCUCGCCUGCAUUCAGUCUAUUAUCCAUGAUGAUCACAGAACACCUGAAGAGAAAGCCAGAAGUCUAAAGGAUGAGGGGAAUGAGUACUUUAAGGAGAAGAAUUAUAAGAAAGCUAUAGUGUCUUACACAGAAGGAUUGAAAAAGAACUGCAUGGAUAUUGAACUCAAUGCAAUUUUUUACACCAACCGUGCAGCUGCACAUUUCCAUUUAGGAAAUAUGCGUUCGGCUUUGAAUGAUGCCACAGCUGCAAAGAAACUGAAGCCAGACCACAUUAAAGCUAUAAUCAGAGGUGCACAGUGCUCAAUGGAGCUGUGUAAUUAUGCAGGAGCAUCGCAAUGGUGUGAUGAAGGUCUCAGGCUGAUUCCCACCGACAAGAAACUACAGGAGCUGAGAGCCACAGCAGAUAAACAGAAGAGGGAAGCUGACAGAGAUGCCAGAAAGGUGAAAAUUAAAGCGAAGAAGGAGCAGAAUGAGAAAGAAGCAUUGUUAGCUGCCAUUAAGGAGCGUGGCAUUAAACUUCUGAAGACUGAGCCUUCUCGACACAGGGGUUCGGACAGUGAGGAUGGUGAUGGUGAUGGAGGUGCGUCUAGAGCCCUGGCCGAUCUGGAGCUUGAUGGAAUCAGCUCUCAGGAGGCCACAGGAGCUCGUGUUUAUAUGGAUGAGCAGGGAGUCCUUUACUGGCCAGUGCUGUUCCUCUACCCUGAGCACAGCCAGACGGACUUCAUAUCUGCUUUCUGCGAAAACUCCAGCUUCAUGGACCAUUUGGCAGUUAUGUUUGGCGAAGAGCUUCCCCCCUGGGAUUCAGAAAGAAAAUAUCAGCCACAAAAUCUACAGCUGUUUUUUGAGGAUCCCGAAAAAGGAAACCUUUAUCAAGUUGAUCUUGAAAAGUCACUUCUUAACGUUCUUCAGCACCAAAGGUGCUCAGUGAAGGCAGGGACACCUAGUUUCAUUGUGCUGGUAUCAGGCUCUUCAUUCUCUAAGCAGUUUUUAUCAGGAAAAAAGGUCCAGAGAUUGAAAUGAUGUUCUGUUUGGACCUUAAAAGACUUUAAACGCCUUGGCUAUAAAUCACCCUCCUGCUAUUAAGGAUGUUUCU